AAAGCAGUCAAGAAUUAACAAAGCACAGAAACACCUCCAUCUGUAAAGCACAUCCAAUCUUCUUCCUCUUUUUCUCUCCUCCCCCCGUCUACUUCUUCUUCUUCUUCUUCUGUUUUGUCAUCGUUUGCGUCUUUCUAUAUCCCUGUUUUUGGACCCAGAAACGUAGUAUUUAUUAUUAUAAUUUCACAAACAGUGAUUUAUGUUUCCCUCUGGACCACCGCCAUUGCCACAGUUUUUCCUUUCUCAGACGCUCUUUUCUUCAUUUCCAUGAAUUAAAGCAGCUGGAGAGGGUGACGUUUUUCAAUUCUUGAACCGAAAAAAACUCACGGGACUUUCAUGGACGAACCCUUCACCGCGAUCUUAACCUAAUGAGUCAACUCAGGGUGCUGUUGCAGGAAUCGGUAACAAGAGAGAUCGACGCGAGAACGACGAUCCUGGCUUUGCUUAGGGAACGAAUGGACGGUCUCGAUGGAGCCAUGGCGAGACGGAGAAGGACGCUGAAAGAACGGCUGGGAUUUAAAGGAAUAGGCUGCUGUGGGCCCACAUGGGGAUUCCGGCCAACCACCAUCAGCGUUAGAGAAGAAGAUGAAGAUGAAGAGCCGGACGAGUUUGAACAGAACCAUCGUGACUCCGACCCGGUACUAAGAGCGGGUCAAAGCAGGGAGCCGGUUAGCGGGUCGGAUCUUAUUUGUUUGAGUUCAGUUCCGAUUAGCUCGGGGAUGAAUCUGGCGGCGGCUCUAGCGGCGGAACGACAUUUACGUGCGUCAAACGAGCCUGACGGAGUUAAUUCUGUGGGGCCGGAUAGAACAAAUGGUGGGUCCAGGAGUGUGCCGGGGACGCCGUUGAGGAUGUCGCUGAUGAGACUCCUGGAAGAAACCGACUUCGGCGACGGUUGCGUCGGUGACGGCGGCGGCGAGGUGGAGAAGAAGGAGAAGGAAGGAGUGGCAUUGGGGAAUGAUUCGGUCUGCUGCGUCUGCAUGGGGAGGAAGAAAGGCGCGGCGUUUAUCCCGUGCGGGCAUACUUUCUGUAGGGUGUGUUCGCGGGAGCUGUGGUUGAACAGAGGAUCGUGUCCGCUCUGCAACCGUUCGAUCCUCGAGAUUCUCGACAUCUUCUAGUGAUCGUCGUCAGAUCGGGCGGUGAAUCGCGAGUCGCAUGCACGGCUCGUGAUGAUGAUGAGGCCUAGAGAUUUGCGGGGGAGAUUUCUUUUGAUUGGAU